CGGAGGCCACAGCUCACCAGAGAGGUUGUGAAUCGCUCUCAGAGCAUAUCUUUGCAAAAAUGGGAUUGCUAGCGAAUGUCCUUACUGGCGUUUCUAAGGCCUGCUCGGGCCAAUCUCUCUGGACGUUGGUCUUGUUGGGAAUAUGUGCUUUCUUUACGCUCUCAGUGUUUGUCAAUGUUUUAAAGCAGGUUUUCUUUAAGAAUCCGAAUGAGCCCCCGGUAGUCUUUCAUUGGUUUCCGAUCAUUGGAAGCACGAUCUCUUAUGGUAUUGAUCCCUAUAAAUUCUUCUUUUCAUGCCAGAAGAAGUAUGGUGACAUAUUCACAUUCAUCCUUCUUGGAAAGAAGACAACUGUUUUCCUGGGAACGAAGGGUAAUGACUUCAUCCUCAAUGGAAAGCUAAAGGAUGUUUGCGCCGAAGAAGUCUACUCGCCUUUGACUACCCCCGUUUUUGGCAGACAUGUCGUUUAUGAUUGCCCAAAUGCUAAGCUGAUGGAACAGAAGAAGUUUGUCAAAUUUGGUCUUACCUCGGAGGCGUUACGAUCCUACGUGACCCUUAUCACCAGAGAAGUCGAAAGCUACCUUGAAAAUUCGCCUGCGUUUCAAGGAGACUCUGGCGUGUUUAAUGUUGCAAAAUCCGUUGCCGAGAUUACAAUCUACACUGCGUCUCGAUCCCUCCAAGGGAAGGAAGUCCGAGAUAAAUUCGACUCGAGCUUCGCUGAGUUGUACGCCGAUCUCGACAUGGGUUUCGCCGCCAUCAACUUUAUGUUUCCUUGGGCUCCCCUUCCGCACAACCGCAAGCGGGACAGGGCCCAGCAGAAGAUGACCCAAGUCUACACGGACAUAAUUCGCGAACGACGCAAAGCUGGUGGAAAGAAAGAUUCUGAAGACAUGGUGUGGAAUUUGAUGUCAUCUGUUUACAAAGACGGAACACCGGUGCCGGACGUUGAAGUCGCGCAUAUGAUGAUUGCUUUGUUAAUGGCUGGACAACACUCCUCAGCGUCGACGGGUUCCUGGAUCGUCCUCCGACUUGCAAGCCGCCCUGAUAUCCUUGAGGAAUUGUACCAAGAACAGCUCCGAGUUCUCGGUCCAGAUCUUCCCCCGUUGACGUACGAAUCUCUUCAGCGCCUAGAACUUCAUUCAAAUGUCAUCAAGGAAACACUACGCCUACACGCACCCAUUCACUCAAUUCUUCGCGCCGUGAAGUCUCCGAUGCCUGUAGAUGGAACGAAAUAUGUGGUUCCAACUUCCCAUAACCUUCUCGCAGCCCCAGGAGUUCCGUCACGUAUGGCUGACUACUUCCCUGAGCCUAUGCUAUGGGACCCCCAUCGCUGGGAGAAAGGGGGAGGUGUCAAUGCAACUGGAGUCCAGGACGAAGCGGCCGAAGAGAAAGUUGAUUAUGGUUACGGGUUAGUUAGUAAAGGUGCAAAUAGCCCCUAUCUACCAUUUGGUUCUGGUCGACAUCGGUGCAUUGGUGAACAGUUUGCGUAUGUACAACUUGGAACGAUCACUGCAGCACUGGUACGAGCUUUGAAGUUGAGAAAACUCGAUGGUGAUAAGGAAGUUCCUGAUACGGAUUAUUCGUCCUUAUUUUCAAAACCUCUAGGCAACCCGAGGGUCGCUUGGGAGAAACGCAAACCGUCUUCGAAACAAUGACCAUCUCUGCUCAUGUAUUCUACUUUAUCUCAGCUGUCGUAUUAAUUUUUAAUAUCAUUUUACCAAUGGUGUGUAUGUAGAUAGACGUUCCUAAUUAUGUGAC